AUGUUUGCUCAGCCCAGCCAGCCUUCCCCCAGCUCAUUCUCUACUCCAUCUUCUACAACUGGCUCACCAUCUAAGGAAUCCUCUAUCAGUUUUCGAGCAUCAUUGAAACCAGGCAAGAUCAAUUUGGCAAACCUACCACUGGCUCUACAGGGGAAACCCAGUCAGUCCCACCAACCCAACACAGACUUUCCCUCUCCUCCUCCUGAUUGUGACUCCCCCCCUCCAGACUCUGAGCUCCUGGAAAGACAGGAGAAAUGUCAUGUCCUGAAGCUAAUUCUCUUCACAGGAUGGCCUGUUAUGUUGAAUAUCAAUCUUGCUGCAGACACUGUGAUAUCAGCGUAUGUUGCUGAAAUGAACGAAAGAUCUCUCAGCUUCAGCCUGUACAGGGCAACUUACAAGGAUGUUAGUCAGAUUAAGCUAGUGGACUUCAAUACUUAUGACCUCAUCAUUAACUUUGGUAUAAGGGAGACAAUGUGUCUUAAACCUCUGACAGUAUCCCUAGACAGAUGUCCGUUCAAGUGGGGAGUCUCCAAGCCUGUGCACAGGUGUAGUAGUUAUGUCCGUGUUUCAGGUGGAGUCACUUCACUAAUGGGGAUGAGCUGUAGUGUGCAUGCAGUAAGCUCCAGCAGUGAAGAGCUAUAA